GACGCCCCCUUUCGUGCAAAACGACUUCACGGUGAAGUUCAAGUGUCCGCAGGAGAUGGAAGGGGGGAUUCCAGAUCCUCUCAUUUUCACAGACGGCCUAAUCCCUCUGCGUAAUGGACCUCGGAAAGCUGCCUCCCGUUAAGGGCGCCCAGGUACUGCCAAAGCUCCUUCGCUACCCGGACCGGGAGAAGUCAGGGGUGUGAAGGCGGGGCCACUUGGCUGGCGACACCCUCCCGAAGUCCAGCCCUUACCCGCCUUCCUACCACCUUAGGGGAUUUGGCCCGGGGAACGAGAUCACCCUCUCAAUGAAAGGCAGAUGUCCCUUUAAGGUUUGCUUCUACAGCCCGUGGACUUUAGCCUAAACACGGACCCGCGAAGCUGGCUUUAUUUGUCCAUGUCUCGGACAGAGCCUGGGAAGCUGCCAGUGAGAUUGCAGAGACCAAGAGCGCGCAGGGGCGGGCGAUGUGGCAAUCCGUCUGGGAUGUGAAAAGCGUGGAGCGCACUUAGAGGCAUUCGACGAAAACACAGGAAAUCACUCCUCUCCCGCUCCUGGACGCCGCUGCCACUGGGGCAGAGGACUGGGAACCGCGGCAGCGGGCUGAGUGGCCCAGCCAGAGCGCGCAGCUCCCGCGCCCGGUCCUGCCGGGUCCUGUCCUGCGAACCAGCGCGGCCCCCUGGCGCUGAGGCCGCUCCGGCCAUGGCCCCUCGGCCCCGCGCCCGCCCAGGGGUCGCUGUCGCCUGCUGCUGGCUCCUCACUGUUGUUCUACGCUGCUGCGUAUCAUUCAAUGUUGAUGUGAAAAAUUCGAUGACUUUCAGCGGCCCAGUGGAAGACAUGUUUGGAUAUACUGUUCAACAAUAUGAAAAUGAAGAAGGAAAAUGGGUGCUUAUUGGUUCUCCUUUAGUUGGCCAACCCAAAAACAGAACUGGAGAUGUCUAUAAGUGUCCAGUUGGGAGAGGUGAAUCAUUACCUUGUGUAAAGUUGGAUCUACCAGUUAAUACAUCAAUUCCCAAUGUCACAGAAGUAAAAGAGAACAUGACAUUUGGAUCAACUUUAGUCACCAACCCAAACGGAGGAUUUUUGGCAUGUGGGCCCUUAUAUGCCUAUAGAUGUGGACAUUUGCAUUACACAACUGGAAUCUGUUCUGACGUCAGUCCCACAUUUCAAGUCGUGAAUUCCAUUGCCCCUGUAAGAGAAUGCAGCACUCAACUGGACAUAGUCAUAGUGCUAGAUGGUUCCAACAGUAUUUACCCAUGGGACAGUGUUACAGCUUUUUUAAAUGACCUUCUUGAAAGAAUGGAUAUUGGUCCUAAACAGACACAGGUUGGAAUUGUACAGUAUGGAGAAAACGUGACCCAUGAGUUCAACCUCAAUAAGUAUUCUUCCACUGAAGAGGUACUUGUUGCAGCAAAGAAAAUAGUCCAGAGAGGUGGCCGCCAGACUAUGACAGCUCUUGGAAUAGACACAGCAAGAAAGGAGGCAUUCACGGAAGCCCGGGGUGCCCGAAGAGGAGUUAAAAAAGUCAUGGUUAUUGUGACGGAUGGAGAGUCCCAUGACAACCAUCGACUGAAGAAGGUCAUUCAAGACUGUGAAGAUGAAAACAUUCAACGGUUUUCCAUAGCUAUUCUUGGCAGCUAUAACCGAGGAAAUUUAAGCACUGAAAAAUUUGUGGAGGAAAUAAAAUCAAUUGCAAGCGAACCCACUGAAAAGCAUUUCUUCAAUGUCUCUGAUGAAUUGGCUCUAGUCACCAUUGUUAAAACUCUGGGAGAAAGAAUAUUUGCCCUGGAAGCUACAGCUGACCAGUCAGCAGCUUCAUUUGAAAUGGAAAUGUCUCAGACUGGCUUCAGUGCUCAUUAUUCACAGGACUGGGUCAUGCUUGGAGCAGUAGGAGCCUAUGAUUGGAAUGGAACAGUUGUCAUGCAGAAGGCUAGUCAAAUCAUCAUCCCUCGAAACACAACCUUUAACGUUGAGUCUACCAAAAAGAAUGAACCGCUUGCUUCUUAUUUAGGUUACACUGUAAACUCUGCUACUGCUUCUUCUGGAGAUGUGCUCUAUAUUGCUGGACAGCCUCGGUACAAUCAUACAGGCCAGGUCAUUAUCUACAGGAUGGAAGAUGGAAACAUCAAAAUUCUCCAGACACUCAGUGGAGAACAGAUUGGUUCCUACUUUGGCAGUAUUUUAACAACAAUUGACAUUGACAAGGAUUCUAAUACUGACAUUCUUCUAGUCGGAGCCCCUAUGUACAUGGGAACGGAGAAAGAGGAGCAAGGAAAAGUGUAUGUGUAUGCUCUCAAUCAGACAAGGUUUGAAUAUCAAAUGAGCCUGGAACCUACUAAGCAGACGUGCUGUUCAUCUCGGCAGCACAAUUCAUGCACAAAAGAAAACAAAAAUGAGCCAUGUGGGGCUCGUUUUGGAACUGCUAUUGCUGCUGUAAAAGACCUCAAUCUUGAUGGAUUUAAUGACAUCGUGAUAGGAGCUCCGCUGGAAGAUGAUCACGGGGGAGCUGUGUACAUUUAUCAUGGAAGUGGCAAGACGAUAAGGAAAGAGUAUGCACAACGUAUUCCAUCAGGUGGGGAUGGUGAGACACUGAAAUUUUUUGGCCAGUCUAUCCACGGAGAAAUGGAUUUAAAUGGUGACGGUCUGACAGAUGUGACUAUUGGGGGCCUUGGUGGUGCUGCCCUCUUCUGGUCCCGAGAUGUGGCCGUAGUUAAAGUGACCAUGAACUUUGAACCAAAUAAAGUGAAUAUUCAAAAGAAAAACUGCCAUAUGGAGGGAAAGGAAACAGUAUGCAUAAAUGCUACAGUGUGUUUUGAUGUGAAAUUAAAAUCUAAAGAAGACACGAUUUAUGAAGCUGAUUUGCAGUAUCGUGUCACCCUAGAUUCACUAAGGCAAAUAUCACGAAGUUUUUUCUCUGGAACUCAAGAGAGAAAAGUUCAAAGGAACAUCACAGUUCGAAAAUCAGAAUGCACUAAGCACUCCUUCUACAUGUUGGACUGAAAUAUUUUCAACAUUUCCAAAAUUGUUUUGGAGUUUGGAAUAAGCGCUUUGAAAUUUGUUCUGGACGAAAUUUUGAAAAAUUCUUUCCUGUCAUCAUUUCAGAUUCCUUUUGCCAAAGAUUGUGGAAACAAGGAAAAAUGUAUCUCGGACCUCAGCCUGCAUGUCGCCACCACAGAAAAGGACCUGCUAAUUGUCCGGUCCCAGAAUGAUAAGUUCAAUGUUAGCCUCACAGUCAAAAAUACAAAGGACAGUGCCUACAACACCAGGACAAUAGUGCAUUAUUCUCCAAAUCUAGUUUUUUCAGGAAUUGAGGCUAUCCAAAAAGACAGUUGUGAAUCCAAUCAUAAUAUCACAUGUAAAGUUGGAUAUCCCUUCCUGAGAAAAGGAGAGAUGGUAACUUUCAAAAUAUUGUUUCAGUUUAACACAUCCUAUCUCAUGGAAAAUGUGACCAUUUAUUUAAAUGCAACAAGCGACAGUGAAGAACCUCCUGAAACCCUUUCUGAUAAUGUAGUAAACAUUUCUAUUCCGGUAAAAUAUGAAGUUGGACUACAGUUUUACAGCUCUGCAAGUGAAUACCACAUUUCAAUUGCUGCCAAUGAGACAGUCCCUGAAGUUAUUAAUUCUACGGAGGACAUUGGAAAUGAAAUUAAUAUCUUCUACCUGAUUAGAAAAAGUGGAUCUUUUCCAAUGCCAGAACUUAAGCUGUCAAUUUCAUUCCCCAACAUGACAUCAAAUGGUUAUCCUGUGCUGUACCCAACUGGAUUGUCAUCUUCUGAUAAUGCAAACUGCAGACCCCAUAUCUUUGAGGAUCCUUUCAGUAUAGACUCUGGAAAGAAAAUGACUACAUCAACUGACCAUCUCAAACAAGGCACAAUUCUGGACUGCAAUCCAUGUAAAUUUGCUACCAUCACAUGUAAUCUCACUCCUUCUGACAUGAGCCAAGUGAAUGUUUCACUUAUCUUGUGGAAACCAACUUUUAUAAAAUCAUAUUUUUCCAGCUUAAAUCUUACUAUAAGGGGAGAACUUCGGAGUGAAAAUACAUCACUGGUUUUAAGUAGCAGCAAUCAAAAAAGAGAGCUUGCUAUUCAAAUAUCCAAAGAUGGACUACCGGGCAGAGUGCCAUUAUGGGUCAUCCUGCUGAGUGCUUUUGCUGGAUUAUUGCUGUUAAUGCUGCUCAUUUUAGCACUGUGGAAGAUUGGAUUCUUCAAAAGACCACUGAAAAAGAAAAUGGAGAAAUGAAAUAUUUUACAAAAGAAAAUAAUAACAAUUAUUCAAUAAUCUAUCCUCAGGUUUGCCUCAAAUAUGUGACAAGAAAUGUAUAGUUCAUGACAUAGUCAUAUAACUAUGUAAUCCAUCAGGGAUUCAUUAUUUGGAAAAUGACAGGUCAUGCAUUAUCCAAAAACAAUACCAAAAAGACAUAAUUUAUAAAAUGAUAAAAAAUAUUUUACAUAAUUACUCAUUUUUGUUGAGUAAGCAAAAUUACAAAGUGUUUUUUAAAAAUCCUGUACAAAUAUGUUUGUGUAUUAAAUCACCAUCCAAAAUAUUUAAGGAAUACAUAAGAAGAUUGUUAUGAUCAUGGAAACAUCUAUUUUCAAAACAAUAUAAAUUAAGCUUUUCCCCUUGAUUCCUGUUGGAUAUCCAUGUUCAGCAUGACAGUCAGCACUUGUAAAUGCCAAGAAAAGAAUUACCUGAAAAAGAUAAUUUCUCCCGAUCCAAAUGAGAACAUUUUCCCUUGGUAGAAUCCAUAUACAAUAUGGAUUGAAAAUUAAGUCACAAAGAAUACAUUUAGCAUCUUUGUGUUGGGUUCUAUACCUAAAAAGUUUCUUCCCCGCCCCAAGGUGAUUGGAAAGUACUGCAAUUGAGCUGAAAUUUUAUCUACGAAGGAAAAUCAGGAUCGACUCAUUUAAAAACAAGUAUACUAAAUGGGUUAAAUUAAGCUUUUACAGAACAUACUUAAUUUUGAUAUUGAGCUCUAAAUGCAAAACUCUUUUAUACUGAAAAAACACUUAAAGCAGUUUUGUAUGGCAUCACAGUGAUUUGUCAUGAAAAGCCAUAUGUGGGGGACAUGCUAAAAUGGCUUCUGAAUGAAACAUGACAGCAGAGAAAGAUGCCACUGAAAUGCUGAAAUUAUCUUUACUGAGCAGCUUUUGAAUGCUAAGGGUUCCAGUAUGUGACCCAAAGAAGGAGUUGUCUCCACUUCUUGGUACAGGGUUCAUUCAAACCCCCAAGCUGUGAGAUUGUGUUUAUUCUUAAUUUUUUUAAAGGUAUUUAAUUUCCAACCACAUUUCUUAUUUUUGUGAAAAGACAAUAUUCCAUUUCAGUAUUACAUUUUACCAAGAAGUCACUGCUUUUUAAGUGCAGUGCAUCAAUAUUUAAAUAAAAUCCCAGAAAUGUAUUUUAAAGAAUUUCAGGUUUGAAAACUCGAACCAACAGAAAGAUAUCACACCUUUGUAUGUGCUUCUUUGUUCUUGAAGUAGUCUUCAUGGUUCAUUGGAAUCUACUGUAGCAUAAGCUCCUAGGUUGCUCCAUUUCUUAGGAAAAUAGCAAUGAAUGAAUGUAUAGUAGCUGCAUGUGUGAACUACUGCUGUAAAGUUUGCUGACAUUUCUGCAAAAACUCCAUUUCUCCACCUGAUUUACCAGAACCUGUAACAAGACCAGAACAUGUAUUUAUCCAGAAACUCCUGGGGUCUGCUUUGUUAAAAAAGGAGCAAAUCCACAAAGAAAUCAAAUGUUAUAAAUUUAUUUUUUUCAAACUAAUUUUCAAAGAAUUUAGCUGAAGAUUCAGAGUCAGCCUACCUCUUGACUCUCCACAUCUGCAUCUAAGAUCCUGAAAGUCAAAGGGAUGUGCUUAUGGGACGCCAAAGCCAUCAGUAGCUGGAAGAAAGAAUACUUCUUUUUAGAGGUUUGGUGUCCUCUUGCUAGCCUGUCAUUAUUCGGAAAUACAUGCUUUUGGAAUUUCCUUCAUUUUCGCUAUCUCCAGGUUCAGAAAUCAUACCUUCCACUUAUUCUUUAUUUGCGCAGUAGAACUCAGGGUUUCUCUUAUUCGGAGUAACCAUGUUGCACACCCCCAGUGCUCAGCCUGCCCAGAAGCCCUGCUCCAAUCUCAGCAAGUUCUUAGUAGUAAAGCUAACAGAUACAUUGAAAUUCAUACUCAGCAUUUGUGACUACUAGACAAAGCCCAUUUACUGAACCAUGAGUGUGCACUUUUAAACUAAAUUGUUAACUGAAAGGUAAAAAAUAGAAAUGAGGGCAUUUUGAAGUUUUUAGAAAAGAGAGGAAGAGCUGUUGGCCAGAUCAGAGAUACUUACAAGCCUGGCACAAUUUUUAACAUAAGUCAUUCCUGGCUAUUAAGUAAAUUAUUUCAUGAACCAGAAGUCCUGUUUCUCUAAUAUUAAAAUUUUUUGAGGUUUGUUUGUGUGUGUGUGUGUGCAUGUGCAGACACAUGUACACAUAUAAAUUGAAUACAAAAAUAGCUCGGUAACACCAAAAAACAGAGUUUACAGAAAAUAAACACAAAAGUUAUACUUGCAAGACAAGUUUGAUUCAUCUGCUUUUCAUAUAGUUUCAUUUUUAUUAAUAUUUAGGUUUAACUUAUAGUUCUGCAAUUAUUUAAAAAACAAGCUCAGAGCAUUUGAUUUAAAAAAGUCAACAGAUGUUUCAAAAUAGCUUUGUACAAAUGUUAUAAAACAUAUUUAAUGAUUAAGAAAUAUACUAGACUCUAUCAUUUACUUUUAAAACAUUUAAUUAGAAAAUGAUAUUUAAGACUAUUUAUAAACUUAUUGGCUAAAUUGCCAAAAAUUUUCUUUUUCUCUAACUUUGGUAUUCUAAAUAAUUGAUUGUUGCUCCCAUUGCAAACUGAACCAUGUAUGCGCUCUCUUUUCUGACCAAACUACAAUGGUAUAUUGGUAAAUUAUUUAACAACACACUGUCCAGGAAGGAAAGGAAGUCUCUGAUUUGUAUCAUUUGCCAAUUUCCAUGGUCUAAAUAUUCUCUCUUCAUUUUCAAACUACCAAAGUGACCCUAAUCAGCUUACAAAAUUCUUGGAAAUGUAUCUGCCAGCUCUUACCAACCAGUGUGAGCUGACUUCAGCACACCACUGAGACAGAUUACACAAUAGAUAGAUUAGAUAGAUAGAUAGAUAGAUAGACAGACAGAUAGACAGAGACUGAUAGAGAAUAUGUUGUGUCUAUAUAAAUAUCCAAUGACACACAGUAUGUUCAUAUUUUAAAUUAUGCCAAAAGUACUGAUUAUAUCAAGUCCAGUAGACAUAAUGCUACACAACAGCCAUUCUUUAAUUUUGAUUUCUAAAAUUAUAACCUUCUUUUGAUAUUAAUAAAAUGUUAUGAACUUGCAGGAGAAGGAAGGAGUUGAAAGAAGGAAAAUACAAAGGGUGAUCCACAGUGAAAAUCAGACCUACACAGCAGCCACAAAAAAGUUGUCUCAUUUUCACAAGGAAUCCAGAAUCCCGUGAGACACAUUACAAAAGAUGAUACUUUGUAAAUAUUUUUAACUUCUGUGAUCAAAUUUCAACUUCAUUGGUCCAAUGUGUCAAGCUAUUUUCCUCUGAGCACUAGAUUCAUGGGCAAUUUAAUCUCUGAAUAUUUUCUGUGUCAUAAGUGUGCUUGAAAAGAGGCUUGUAGUAAAGAGAUACUUUUACAAAAUUUGAUGCUUCUGCAGCCAUAAUAAUUUUAUCUAUAAAAGCAUAUAUACAUACACUCACAUGUAGAUAUUUACAUAUAUGGAUGUUCUCUUUUCCUUUUAUAAAAUCAAAGUCUAGGUUCAAUUGGAAAAUGGAAAUAUUUACACCAAAAGAAAAAAGUGCCAUUGUUGUAAUCAAUGGAGUAAAGCUGGGGUAUAGUAGAGGCUGGGGAAGCCCUGCCCGUGUUCUCUCCAAGGCCACAGCUUGCACACUGUGAAUGGUGGCCCUGCUGGCUCCAUGUAGUGUGCCUUCACACAGGGGAAUGUCCUUGUCCAACACGCUACAAUCUACUCCAUGGGAACUGACUGUCUUGCUUUUCACCACCAAAUUGAGAAACAGGCCCAGAGCCUGUCUCAUGUGCCAGGUGCAGUCACAUUAUUGUUCAAAUAAAGUGGCUUCUGACAAAUCAGUUUUUCAGAAUAGCAUCCUAUGUACUCUUCAUUUCCUCCAACAACUCUCAGGCCCCCUUUUGCCAGUUUUCUCCCCCAGGGGAGAUUUUCAAGACUACUAGAGAAAAAUCUGUUAAUAAAGCAUUUGCUCCGAGUUCCAGCUUCAGUGACUCAAUCAUUUAUACAGGAUUUCAGUGUUUUGUUCUGCAGUGGUGUUCUAAAGGGUUCACACAGUAUAAUGGAGGAGGGGCAAAGCAGAAUAUACUUCCAAGCUGGAACAUCUUUAAGACAUUUACAAACUGUUAUGGGAUACUAUCAGCAACUGUGCCUGGGGAAGCUAGCAGGAUUUAGCUCUUCAAUGGCCCUCCAAAUGCACCCAACAAUCACCAACCUCACCCAUGGAAAUCAUCUAAAAAAUGAAAAGAAGGGUCUUAAAAUCCUCACGUGGAUGCUGUAUUUAUAACUAAAAUGUACAGUUUAAUUCUAAAUAGCAGGCUUUUAAAUGCAAACAGUUUCAAGGUGAGUCCUUCCAAUCAGACUGCUGAUUCUACACCAUUUUGACACAGAAUUUCUGAAACCAUCCCCAGGUGUUAAUUCUGUUAACUGCAGUGAAAGGAAACCCAA